AUGGAAUUUGGUCUCAAGUGGAGAGCAUGGAUCAAAGAGUGUGUAUGCACUGCAUCAAUGUCGGUUCUUAUCAACGGAUCCCCCUCUAAGCCGUUCAACAUGGAAAGGGGUCUUCGACAAGGUGAUCAUUUGUCUCCCUUCCUGUUUGUACUAGUUGUUGAUGUCCUUCAUAGAAUGAUCGGUGAGGCAGUGAGGAAUGGACGUAUCUCUCCUCUUUUGGUUGGGCGGGAUGAUAAUGAGCUUUCCCACUUGUUGAGUAUUAACUUUGAGAAAUCGAGCUUUAUUCCAGUCAACUGUGAGCAAAGAUGGACAAGAAAGAUGUGUACUUUGCUGGAUUGUAAGGAGGCGUCGCUGCCAGUCAGAGGAUGGGGAGUAUGGGAUACCGCUUGUGAAAUGGGAUCUAGUGAUGGCUCCAAAAAAGCAGGUGGUUUGGAGGUUGGGGAUGUGGUGACUCGGAAUGCAGUUUUAUUCUUCAAGUGGUGGUGGAGGUUUUCGAAAGAGGAAUGUCCCUUAUGGAAGAAAGUGGUCUGCUCAUGUAAUCACAUGAAUUCGUCUGAGAUGCUGAGUGCCCAGCCUGUGCCUACGAGAGGGGGUCCAUUGAAGGAUAUUUUCCUGUUACAAAUCACGGAGCCAUGGGUGAGGGAGAAGAUUAUAAGCGGCUUCUGUAUGAAUUUGGAGAAUGGCAGCACAAUCCGGGGAUUGUGGGUUUUGGGAUGGGAUAGAGUGGGUCUGGACUUUUCAAUGGAGAAGAGAGUUGUUCCAAUGGGAGUUGGAGCUUGUACACCAACUUCAUGA